AAAUAUUUUAACCAAGAAUUCUAAGAACAGAAGAAUGGCCAUGAUAAAUACAGCAGUUGUGGUGAUAACAGCUCUCUUCACCACAGUGAUGGCUCAAGACAUGAAGCUACCUCCAAGAUUUAUAGUACAGCCAAAUAGACAGUAUUACUUUAAGGUGGAUGAUGCCACUUUUACACAAGAAUUACCUUGUCUUGCCGAAGGAAUACCUGAGCCAUAUUAUGAGUGGAAGAAAAACGGUCAGUUAUUGUCAGUGGGUACCAGAGGCUGGAAUUACAAAACAAACAGCGGCGGCACCAUCAGUAUCAACGGCCCCAGUUUCAGUGACGAGGGGUACUACCAGUGUCUAGCUAGAAAUACUGACGGAAUGGUGGCUGUGUCCACAAUUGCUUUCUUCCAAAGAUCGACUUUUCCCGACAACCAGACAGUAGAGACCAAGGUGGUCCGAGAGGGCGAGAAUGUCACCAUGGUGUGUUCAGGAAAACCCCAAUUUCCCUACGCGGCACCCAAUCCCACCAUACAGUGGGAGCUGUACACGCCUGCCUCGGGGUCUGUGAAGGAGACCCAGGCCAUUCUGCCUGAUGAUAAGAGGAGACAGGUGGAUGAGAGUGGAGCUUUGAGGUUUGCAUUUGUUACCAGGGAUGACUCUCAACCAAACCAGCAGUACAGAUGUUCUGCGUAUAACUCAUUUCUGAAAUUAUCCGUUUUUGGAAGUCCAGUUACACUUUCUGUUGACACUACUAAACCAUUGACCAACAAUGCCCCAAAGCUGAUGUACAAAACUGAACCCGGGCCCUCUUCAGGGCCGUCUGUUGUCUUCCUGAAGGGACAGAACAGGACUCUGAGCUGUAUCUUUGCUGGAAA